UCUGGAUAGGAGUGCCAGUCAGUAGCAAGAAGUCGGCGAAGGAAGUGCGAAUCGUUUAGUGUUCUACGAGCGGUGUGGUGCGAUUGUCGGUUUGUACUCAGCAAAGCUUAAACAUGAGUCAUUGGCCUGAAGGUGUCGGCAUUUUGGCCAUUGAGCUGAUUUUUCCGUCACAAUACGUGGAACAAAGUGAACUGGAAGUGUAUGACAAGGUUCCAGCAGGGAAAUACACACUGGGACUUGGUCAGAGCAGGAUGGGCUUCUGUACUGACAGAGAGGACAUCAACUCCCUCUGUCUUACCGUUGUUAGCAAACUCAUGCAGAGAAAUAACAUUGACUAUUCCAGCAUUGGAUAUCUACAGGUUGGGACAGAAACCAUAAUAGAUAAAUCCAAAAGCGUAAAGACUGUACUGAUGCAGCUGUUUGAGGAGAGUGGUAACCAUGAUGUCGAGGGCAUAGACACUACUAACGCCUGCUAUGGCGGUACUGCUGCUUUGUUCAAUGCUCUGGCGUGGAUCGAAUCUAGUUCAUGGGAUGGGCGCCUAGCUCUUGUAGUGGCAUCAGACAUUGCUGUGUAUGCAAAGGGUAAUGCACGUCCUACAGGAGGAGCCGGGGCUGUUGCAAUGCUAGUGGGACCCAGUGCACCACUUGUCAUAUGCAGAGGAGUUCGUGCUACAUAUAUGGCACAUGCUUACGACUUCUACAAACCAGAUCUUUUGUCAGAAUAUCCUACAGUUGAUGGGAAGCUUUCAGUACAGUGCUAUCUAAAAGCACUCGAUUUCUGUUAUCACCUGUUUUGUUCAAAGAUUGAGAAGUAUCAGACAAAUGAAGGACAUGAAAAUCAGCCUAUUGAUAUCCAGUAUUGGGACGCAUUUCUGUUUCACUCUCCCUACUGCAAGCUGGUUCAGAAAUCUCUAGCUCGGCUUGUCCUUAAUGACUUUGUGAGGACACCAGAAAAGGAGCGUUCAAAGAAGUUUCCUGGACUUGAGCACUUGGGAAAUGUGAAGCUGGAAGACACAUAUUUCAACCGUGAUAUUGAGAAGGCAUUUAUGGACUACAGUAGAAGUAUCUUUGAGGAGAAAACAAAGCCUUCUCUCUUGAUAUCUAAACAAGUGGGAAAUAUGUAUACCACAUCUCUUUAUGGAGGUCUUGUAUCACUUUUAAUUAGCAGAGACAUCCAUGAGCUAGCUGGCAAACGCGUGUGUCUCUUCUCAUAUGGUUCUGGGCUGGCCUCCUCCAUGUACUGUUUGCGCAUUUCAACAAAUGUCAGACCUGGAUCCUCUCUUAAUCGUCUUAUUGAAAAUCUUUCACAUAUUAAAUCACUACUGGAUCAACGUAAAAGAGUUACUCCAGAAGAGUUUGCACAGAUUAUGGAGCUACGUGAACAGAAUCACCACAAGGCACCUUACAUACCAUCGGCUUCACCUGAUGUGCUGUUUCCAGGGACUUGGUACCUGGAAAGCGUGGAUACAAUGCACCGCCGCAAGUACAAACGUGUUCCACAAGAACAUGUUUAGAUAAACCAGCAUAUACAUGAUGCUGUACAGCUGUUCUUAUGGUUAUUAAUACAAAAAAUGAAUGAAACACCAUUAAAGUCUGAACAGCACUCUCUACAAACUUCAUGAUAAGGGAUGUAGGAUCAUAACAGGGACUGUGUUGGUUGCAGCAUAUGCUAUCGGAGUAAUCAGAAUGCACAAGAAUUGUCUAGUGACCCUUCAAGAACUUGAGUCUUAUAUAGAAAAGGAGAGUUCUGAACCUGAGUUCUCUUAUGUUCCUAUCCUUCAUUAACCAGAAUGGUAUGUGAAAGGCUGUGAAAUAUCUAAACACACAGCAACAUUUCUCAACAGAGAAAUAUGACUGCAGUACUGACCUAAUAGAUCUGAAGUUACAAGACUGAAUAGCUUUCACACACAAGUAAAGCAUGGAUUUUCUCUGAAACACUUGAGUAUAAUUUUUUUUCUGAUCCUGAAAUAUUGUGCUUACAUGCAGAUGUAAUGAAUAGUUAUUUAGUUUGCCCCAAGAACCAAAAUUAAUAUCUAGUAGAAUUCACUUUAUUUUGAACACAGGAAAGUAGGAUACAGCCAAGUUCAAUUUCUGUAAGUUAUUAAUUUAAGAAAAAUCAAAUAGCUUAAAUUAAGAAAUAGGUGUUGUCAGUUUUUCACAAAACCAAAUAAAUUAAAAAUUUGUAUAGAAUCAUAUUAGAAGUAGAAGAUAAAAUCUAAAUAUCACUGUAAAAGUUAAGUGGUGAGUCUGGGGUACAUUUUCACACUUCAGCAACCUCAGUACUAAAUAAAGAGUCAAAUUACAUUUCAACCUCCAGAGAAAAUAAUAGAGGAGUCAUUCUCCAGUUAGGAAUUUCAAAAAUUGACAAGUCCUUUACAUCCAACUAAACAUCAAUUGUCACUUCCAUAUGUGUCUCAGUUAAGUUAGUGAAGAUAGAGUCUUAAUGAAUAUGUACAGCCCUCUUAUACUUCCCCUGAAUCCCAGCUAAGCUGCUUCUGCCAAUUUGACUCACAUAGCCGAUCGCUAAAAAAGUGAUAAAGUAUUUUUUGUUACCACAGAAACAAUCAUAUUCCAUUUUGGAGAUAAAUUGUAACUUACAAACCCACUUUAGCAUGCCAGU